CAAACUUGUAAUUGAUUGGCCUCAUAUUAGUUAUGUGAUUUGUGGAUAUUUUUUUGCUUUGUCUCGAUAUUAUUAUGUGAAGAGACCGCGAUUAGGAGAAGGACCAUCCCAGCUCGUCGUGGCAUGAUCGAAACGUGGAGGGCUCCGAGGAAAAUGAUAAAAAAUAUUAUCGAAAAUUUGGCCAAGCAAGAAAACAUUUGAACUAUUCCUUUUUCAUUUUUGUGGUUGUACUUUUACGGAUUUUAGAUUAUGAGAUUGUAAAGUUGGAAUGACACUGAAUACUAGUUGUAUCGCGGUUUGUGGAAAAACGACUUUAUUUAAUUAUGAAUUUGUUUAAACUAAAUAUCAACACAAACAAACACAUAUAAACACCACAUAAAACAAAUAUCCAACCAUCCAACCAACCCAGACUAAUAUUCGACGUGGCAAACUAAUAUCCGUUCACCAUAAAAAUGUCCACACCACCCAGACUAAUAUCUCACCGUCUAACACUAAUAUUCGGUGAUACCAUAAUUAAUAUUGUCACCAUUAUAGACUAAUACCCACCACACACAGACUUAUAUCUAACUGUCACAAAGUCCAAUGUAUUCAAAAGUGAGUUUCUACGUAGAAACUUUUUGGUGAUUUAGAACCGUAAAAUCAUAAGUUUUAAAGCGAAUUUUUUAACUACAAUAGUUAUAAAAACUGAGAUUUUGUGUAGAAGCUUUUUAGUGACAUAGAAACGUAAAAUUGUAAGUUUUUAAGUAUUAAAGCGCGAUUUUGACUACAUUGUCGCAGACUAAUAUCUGACUACACAAUUGACUCACUCCUACUAUCACUCUAGAAAAUGGCCAAGUGUAACCACUUCCUAAAGCGUAGUAUAGCGGGUUUCGAUUUUAAUGUCAACUCGGGUCCUAGACGUGAUGACUACUUAGUGAAUUCUUAUUAUUUAGCGGUGAAACUUUAGUGCAAGUUCAAACAAGCAAACAAGCAGAGCAAGCAAGAAGGUUGUUUUCAAGUCAAGAGAGGUCACAUGGAUAUGGUUCCCCCUAGACUGCAGUUAAGCCAUAUUGCAAUUUACCAAGUUCAGUUUUAAUGAUAGUUAUACUGCGGGAGGUUCUUAAGCAGUCUGAAGUCUCGACUAAAGGUCUCCAAACCCUCUCAAUCUGAGUCCCCAGCGGGCGACUAACCUCCACCGGAGUAAACAGAUUGAGGCCCUAACGAACCAAACCUCCACUAUCGAAGUAAAUUCGUUACAGAAUAGUGAAUUGGCUCCUCGACUAAAGUCGCCAAUUCACUACCUUCAAUUAAGGGUGCUCUAUCAACCUAGGCAUAUAUUCUCUUUCUACGUUAAAGCAGAAACAACAGGAAUUUGACCAGGAUUCAUGCCAUCCAAUAAAUCAAACCUCAAUUGAAUAUAAUCAAAUCAUAGAAUCUAUACUUGGGUUCAUACAAUCAGACUUAACAUAAAAAUCUAGGGUUCUCCAUACCCAGAUGAAUGAGGAAGUUACUCCAUGGAGAGAGAAGCAAAAGCAAGCUCAGAUGCAGAAAUCAUGCUGUGAAGGAUGGGUUUCUGCUCCUGGUCGUCAAUUGGCACUUAUCCAAGUGUGAGCCGAGCUCCAAUGGUCAUGAAGAUCAAGAUAGGGAACUUGGGAACUCUGGUUCGUCGCUCUUUCUCUCUAGGAAUCGCUUUCUUUCUCUAAAACUCCGAAAAAACCUAGACUUUUGGCCUUCUUUUCCCUUAAGAAGCUGUCUGUUGCGAUCCCCGGCCUGAAUACCGGGUCGGGUAUUUUGGGUGGCGACCGGGUAUGUUCGAAACGCACCGUCUGGUGACAGGGAAAAUCCCCGGUCAUGGCCAAGAAUCACCGACCAGGGAUUUCUGCUUCCUGCCCGGGCCCCCUUCUGCUUCUCAAAGACGCCCGAAGCGUCAAAUCCCCGGUCAUCUCCAAAUAAUACCCGACCGGGUAAAUCUGCUCAUGGCCGGGUAUUUUGCUCCUCCAGCACACUUCACCCCAAACUUGCUCCUUUCGACCCCAAACUCGUUUCUUCGCCUCGAUGCCAACGCUAAGCCUUGAAAUAUGACAUAAACGCACAACCUAGCGUGAAAUCGGCUUAAAACACGAGAAUCAACACCUCAAACGGCUCAAGAAUAGGGGUAAAAACAUGAGUAAUCAAUGGUCUAUCAAAAU